UAGUAGAUAUUAAGUUGUCACGCGCAACACUUGCUUUUCAGUUUUCUAUUGACUCGCAUCAAAUAACAAUCACAUUCGAGUGCAGUUUUUUUUAUUUUCUUUAUCCACUACUUCAUAGAGUGUUGUUGGUUGCAAAAGUGAUACGUAAUCUUAUGCAUACGUAAUCUACUAAUACGUAAAUCUUAUCCAUUUUUUUCUCAUUUGUUUCUUUUUCUUUUGUUUAAUUUUAUUUUCUAUCUUUUUAUAGAUUUCAAUAUUGGUCACCAUUUCGGGAAGGCCAACGCACAAAAAUAACAAUGUCGACAUCAUUGAACUUACUGGACGAUCAACGUUUCGCUUUGAUGAAAUUUAGACGAAUCGUUGCUGAUGUCCUGCAACCUCAUCACGAUGAUCGUUUUCUUCUUCGUUGGUUACGAGCGAGAAGCUGGAACGUUACGGCGGCCGAGAAAAUGCUAAGGAACUCAUUGCAAUGGCGAAAGCAAUGGGAAGUUGACAAAAUAGAAGAAUGGGAUGAACCGGAACUUAUCAAAAAUUAUUUGCCACAUGGUUUAAGUGGAUUCGAUAAAGAAAAUGCACCAGUUGUUGUUGUACCUUUCGCCGGAUUUGAUAUAUACGGAACUCUUCAUGUUAUUACGAAAAGAGACGUUAUAAAGAGUUUCAUAAAAUAUUUGGAAAAUUAUUUAAAAAUAUGUAACGAACAAGUAAAAAAGCAUGGUCCACUAGCUGGAAAAAUAACUGUCAUCUACGACAUGGAAGGAUUCAAUCUAAAACAAUACUUGUGGAGGCCAGCCGGUGAAGUUGUCAUUAGCGCUAUUCAAAUGUACGAAGCGAAUUACCCAGAAAUUUUAAAAAUGUGUUACAUUAUUAAUGCCCCGAAAGUGUUCUCUUUUGCUUUUUCCGUCGCGAAAAGAUUUUUGAACGAGUAUACAUUAUCGAAAAUACAAAUUUUCAAAACAGAUCCAACAAAAUGGAAACCUGCGAUAUUGGAACUAGUUCCAACCGAUCAAAUGCCUGCUCAUUUCGGCGGCACUUUAAAAGAUCCCGAUGGGAAUCCAAAACUCGUAACAAAGAUUUGUCAAGGUGGUAAAAUACCAAAAGAAAUGUACGUGGACAAAAUGGAAAGUGAUAAAUCUACGGAUUAUACUACUGUCAUUAUCCGUAAAGGAGAUAAGUUAGAACUUAGUUUGACUACAUCCGAAGAGGGAUCUCUUUUAAGUUGGGAUUUUCGCACAGAAGAUUAUGAUAUUAAAUUCGGUGUUUUGAAAGAGGAUACGUCAGGUAUGAAAACCGAAAUUGUACCUAUCACAAAAAUUGCUUCGCACAAAUUAAAUGAAAUAGGCGUUGUAACCUGUGAUAAACCAGCUACAUAUUUUGUCAUCUUUGAUAAUACUUAUAGUGUCAUGAGGAAUAAAAAGAUUCAUUAUUCUGUACGCAUUUUACCACCAUCGGAAGAAUUAAAAGAGUAAAUGCCAUAGAAUAAUAUGUGAAUA